GCCCCUUUCUUCCACACCCCACUAUUUCUGGCCCCCACCGUACCUGCCUUCUGCCAUGGAUCGCUUUGGGUUUGGCAGAUGUCAGCUGGAAGUGGUGCCCACCUCCCCUUGGAGAUGCACUAGGACGCACUUGCAUGUGUCAGAAGGUUCUCUCGGGAGAAGGGAGGUCAUCGCUCUUUGGUAUAUGUGUGUUGGUGACUUUGAAAUCUGAAGGACCUCUGCAUUGUGGAUCAAAGUCUCCAUCUUUGUCAAUUAGGAAAUGGACCGCUUAGGCUCCUUUAGCAAUGAUCCUUCUGAUAAGCCACCUUGCCGGGGCUGCUCUUCCUACCUCAUGGAGCCUUAUAUCAAGUGUGCUGAGUGUGGACCACCUCCUUUUUUUCUCUGCUUGCAGUGCUUCACUCGUGGAUUUGAGUACAAGAAGCAUCAAAGUGAUCAUACUUAUGAAAUAAUGACAUCAGAUUUUCCUGUUCUUGAUCCCAGCUGGACAGCCCAAGAAGAAAUGGCCCUUUUAGAAGCUGUGAUGGACUGUGGCUUUGGAAAUUGGCAAGAUGUUGCCAAUCAGAUGUGCACCAAGACCAAGGAGGAGUGUGAGAAGCACUAUAUGAAGCAUUUUAUCAAUAACCCUCUGUUUGCGUCUACCCUACUGAACCUGAAGCAAGCAGAGGAGGCAAAAACUGCCGACACAGCCAUUCCAUUUCACUCUACAGAGGACCCUCCCCGACCUACCUUUGACUCUCUGCUUUCUCGAGAUAUGGCAGGAUACAUGCCAGCUCGAGCAGAUUUCAUUGAGGAGUUUGACAAUUAUGCAGAAUGGGACUUGAGAGACAUCGAUUUUGUUGAAGAUGACUCGGACAUUUUACAUGCUCUGAAGAUGGCUGUAGUAGAUAUCUAUCAUUCCAGGUUAAAGGAGAGACAGAGGCGGAAAAAAAUUAUAAGAGACCAUGGAUUAAUCAACCUUAGAAAGUUUCAGUUAAUGGAACGGCGGUAUCCCAAAGAAGUCCAAGACCUAUAUGAAACAAUGAGGCGAUUUGCAAGGAUUGUGGGGCCAGUGGAACAUGACAAGUUCAUUGAAAGCCAUGCAUUGGAAUUUGAACUCCGAAGGGAAAUCAGGAGGCUCCAGGAAUACAGGACAGCAGGCAUUACCAAUUUCUGUAGUGCCAGAACCUACGAUCACCUCAAGAAGACACGAGAGGAAGAGCGCCUUAAACGCACCAUGCUCUCCGAAGUUCUGCAGUACAUCCAGGACAGCAGCGCCUGCCAGCAGUGGCUCCGCCGGCAAGCUGACAUUGAUUCUGGCCUGAGUCCAUCCAUUCCAAUGGCUUCAAAUUCAGGAAGACGAAGUGCACCACCCUUGAACCUCACUGGCCUCCCUGGCACAGAGAAGCUGAAUGAAAAAGAAAAGGAGCUCUGUCAGAUGGUGAGGUUGGUCCCGGGCGCCUACUUAGAAUACAAAUCUGCUUUAUUGAAUGAAUGUAACAAGCAAGGAGGCUUGAGACUGGCACAGGCAAGAGCACUCAUCAAAAUAGACGUGAACAAAACCCGGAAAAUCUAUGAUUUCCUCAUCCGAGAAGGACACAUCACAAAAGCCUGAGGCUCCGUGGGCUUGGGAUCAGAAGUCACAAGUUUGGAAUGUGGUGGGCCAAAAGACAGUAGAAGCAUUCUGGAGAGUCAGUUUUGAGUUUAAUUCUCAUUGUAAAAAGAGGAGAACAAAGGAAACCUUAAGUUGUAUUGAUGUCUACUUCUCCACUCUGUUUCAAAACACUCCUCUGGUAUUGUGCUGCAGUUCUGUGCUAGAUUAGCUAUUAUUAAUUGUGAGUGGGCAUUCAUUCCUAACACCUCUUGUAAGUAAAACAAGAACUGUAGUAUCUCACGUCACAGUGUUGGUAGAAAUAGAACUAAACCACAAUCUUAGUCCCAGGAAUCCAGCUCAGACCCUUGCACUUGGGAGGUUGUUUUUCUGGCUAUUUUGCCUUCAAACAUUUCAGACAGGUUUAAAAUAAAGAGCAUGAGAAGGCUUCCUUUUUCUGUCUAAGGAUUUUUUAAACCAACAACUUAGGUUUUUGAGCCAGUGGGAGAAAAACCACCCUGCACCCGCCAGGGUCUUGUCCCAAGCUGCAUUUUUAUCUUUAAUGUCUGGUUUUGUACUUCAUAGUCUGACUAUCUAAUCUUCAGUAGACUUUUGAGGAGGUGGCACCGGAUGUAAAAUGUCUCUGUUAUUUUUAGAAUUAAUGGAUUAAAAUGUUUUGCUGUUU